AUGUUCUAUUUUUGGAGAUCAUUCUUCUUUUCUUCUGGCGCUGGGUCGUAUUCUGGCUCUCUGGCUUUACUUGUCCCUCGCUCAGAUUUGUUGUGCUCAUCGUUUUCACUUCGUCCUCGUGGAAUCGAAGGAGAUGCUUUCGAGCAUUUUCUUGAACACUAUAGAUUGAGUGUAUGUCUCAAUGUGACCAGAUAUAUUGAUCUCCUUCGUGUAGCAUCUGUGGAAGAUAAGCGAAAAAAAACCGAGACUGGAAUCAUAGAUAGAAGUAAAUGGAAAACAAGUGAGGUUGUUGAAGAAAGCUCUGUAAGGGUCAUGGGAAAGCACUUGACCAGUGUACCGGAACCAGCAGAACUGAGUGUCGGGUGA